AUGGAGGUAGAAGCAACUUCACCUUCUUACAAUGAUGCAUUCAAUGCAUCGUCACCAUUAGCGUCUAGUGUCAUGAAGAAGUCAAUUGGAGGUUCUUUUGAUUUCGAUCUAAGAAGUCAGGAUAUUAAUGACGAUAUUAUAACACCACCAAACUCUACAGUAAGAAAAAGCAAAAAGCAACUAGUUAGGAAACUGGAUGAUGGUAAAGAACCAAUGUCCCCAAUUCAGUCUUCGCCAAUUGCUCCUACAGCAAAGAGGCAAAGAUCAGAAGGUUGCCCGCGUUCCAAUGGGAACCUUUCUCUGACCGAAGUACUUUUGUCACUAGAAAAGAGAAAACUUAACAAUGAAUUGGAAAAAAAACCACCUUAUUCCUAUGCAAUUUUGAUUUGUUUAGCAAUUUUACAAUCACAAGAAGGAAGGCUUACAUUAUCUCAAAUUUAUCAAUGGAUUUCAACUCAUUUCACAUUUUAUAAAUUGAAAGAUGCCAGUUGGCAAAAUUCUAUUAGACACAAUCUAUCAUUAAAUGAAGCAUUUAUUAAGACCCAAAAAUCUUCAGAUGGAAAAGGUCAUUUUUGGGAAGUAAAACCUCUUUCGAUGCCAAAAUUCUUUAAAGGCGAUACAGAUGGAUACGAUGUCAUUCGUCAAAGGAUAUGUGAAAUCGAUCAGUAUUUUGAAAUAGGAUCACCGUUAGAAACAUCUAAUUCAGAGAGUGAAGACUCGGCUUCUAUUGCGUCAUCGCCAACCCCAGGACUUGAACAAAGUGCCUCCACAACAGUCCUAUCUGCACCUUCUAUUAUAUUUACUACGGAAGAUCAGUUAGCUUCUAUGCAGGAAUCAAACAUUCGCACACCUGUGAGGAAUACGCGAUUGAAUGAUAAGCAAAACUACAAUGAUAUAACAAAAACGGAUAUGAUCGGAACUGUAUUUGGUAAUAAUAUUAUGAGGAGAAAUCACACUACACUAGGAUUCAAGCCUACUUCUGAUACCUUUUUGGUUCCCCCAUCCAAGGAGUUUGUGUCCUUUAAUGAAUAUCUCGGAAACAAUAACUUAUCUGUAUCUCAUUCAAAAACAGGUUUGAUGUCGUCUCCUCAAAACUCAAAACGUUAUAUCGGUUCUUUCAACUCUAGUUUUGAAGAAUUAUCACCACGUCCCUUUAAAAAUAUGGAAAAUGGUACCACGAAUAGUAAUCAGGGAUUGUUGGGACCGUUUGCUAAUUCCUCAAUUCCUCCUGCCAACUCUGACAAAUUUACCCAGUUGCUCCCUUCAGGAACACAUAACAAUAUCUCUACUAUUGAAUCAGAACAAUUAAACUUGCUGAAGACACCAGAAUUGAAGAGAUCCCAAAGUCUGGAAAGAUCCCCUAGUAGGUUCAUGGCUACCCCUAAGGAUAAUGAGACCCUUUUAAAGAGAUGGCAAACUCCAUCACAUUUAUUCGAAGACAUAUAUUCUUCGCCAAUAUUUAAGGCAAUGGGCACUUCUUCAAAGGUCAGUGCAACACCUGGUGGUUCAACCUUGUUGAAAAAAUUCUCGCCUUCCAAGAUUAAUGGUGAAACGCAAAACGAACCAAUAAAGUCUAAAUUGGCAUGUGGCGGUCUUUUCGGGGUAGAUGUAUACUCUGUUUGGCAACGAGCCACGGAAAGGUCAUCCUCUAGUGAUGGAAAUACACUAGACACGACUCUUGAACGUCCAUUUAAGGCUAACACAGACAAUAAAUCGUGA